UACACAUCAAUUUACAGGCAAAUUAUACGUGUCUUUGUUGACAGAAUUAAUCUGAUUGACUCAUGCGGGUAGCUCUUUAAAAGUGCAGGCUGGAACUAAAUUAUUUGUUUCUGAAGUCAGCAAAUAACUUAAUCAAAUUAAUUCUCAAUACACAGAUCGGCGGUUUUCACGCCAUUGUGUGCUAACCUUAAGCCCAGCCAAUCUCUUAUUUGAGAAGUCAUUCACAAAUCCUUCAGUGACGUCAGCGGGGUAUAAAACGGAGCAGGAGGUUCAGCUCAGCCGCAAACGACUCACUGAAUCUGUUGCGCUCGGUCACUCUUUCCAAACGGAAAAACGCUCUGAGAACUCGCUUUUUUUGCGACUAUGAGGGUAACCCGUGAUUUUUAAAAAGGACUACACGAAUAUUUAAGUACUGUUGGCACAAAGUCUCAAACAUCUUUUCGCUUGUGAUGCCCGCUGGGAUGUUUAGUAUCGACAGCAUCUUGGCAGGGAGACCCAGCUGCAAGGACUCGGUUCUGCUCCAUCGGAAUGCUCCGGUUGUGUUCUCCAACUUGACGGAAUCCUUGUACACAGCAGCUGGCGAUUUUAAUGGACUUUAUUCACACACCGGACCUCCAGCUCCUAACUUACAGUCGGUAAAUGGAACCAGGAUAGGCUACAACAACUACUACUAUGGACAACUUCAUGUCCAGGGGCCGACUGGACCAGCUUGCUGUGGCGCAAUACCGACUCUCGGCUCGCAACAGUGCCCGUGUAUUCCUACAGGCUAUGACAGCGCCGGUUCAGUACUUAUUUCUCCAGUCCCACAUCAGAUGAUGUCGUACAUGAACGUGGGCACCUUAUCCAGAACCGAACUACAGCUCCUCAACCAGUUACACUGUCGGCGUAAAAGACGACACCGAACCAUUUUCACCGACGAGCAACUGGAGGCACUGGAGAACCUUUUUCAGGAAACCAAAUACCCUGAUGUUGGCACGCGAGAGCAAUUGGCGCGAAAGGUGCACCUACGCGAAGAGAAAGUAGAGGUUUGGUUCAAAAACAGACGGGCAAAAUGGAGAAGACAGAAAAGGUCGUCGUCAGAGGAAUCAGAAAACUCACAGAAAUGGAACAAAUCCGCGAAAACCACGGAGAAAAUCGAGGAGGGCAAAAGUGACGUGGAUUCCGACAGCUGAUAUAUAUAUAUAUAUAUAUAUAUAUAUAUAUAUAU